UCCUCAACCGCCGUGUAAUCUCGACUCUCGCUAUUGUUGAGCUUCAAUCUCUUCAAUUUUUUUUGCGUUUGCGUUUAGAGCGUUUGAAAUACCAGUACAGUAUAACACUUGAAAGAACGUCACUGCUAUCUCUAUUAACAACAACGAGAAAUCGACGUGUUAUGAAUAAAGAUAGGUUGGAUCAGUUGCCUGAAGCUUUGAUUAUACGGAUAUUGUGUUUUCUUUCUACAAGAACUGCCAUAGCCACGAGUGUUUUGUCUAAGCAAUGGCGGUCUCUUUGGAAGUGGGUGCCGAAUCUAGAGUUCGACUCUGAUGAUCACAAAAGUGAUCACCAAACAUUUUCAGAGGGUGUUACCAGGUCUUUCCUUUCACAUAGAGCUCUGGUUCUAGAGAGUUUGCAUCUCAGAUUUAGUUUAGAUGAAGUUACCCCUUUAGAUAUUGGACUUUGGGUUGGAAUCGCAUUUACUCGACAUUUGCGUGAAUUGGUACUCACUGUUAGCCCUGGGGAUGAGACCUUCACAUCUCCGAGUAGCUUGUGUACUUGCAACACGCUUCAGACUUUGAAACUCUUAUUUUGUAUCCUUGUAGAUAUACCUUAUCCGGUUCUUAUGAAGUCUCUUAGAACCCUGCACCUUGAGUUCGUGAGCUUCAAAGACGAUGAAUCUUUUCCUAACCUGUUGUCUGGUUGCCCUAUUCUUGAAAAUUUGUUUGUGGAUCGAAGUGAGUUUGAUGGUGAUGAUGUUACUUUCUCUGUUGAGGUCCCGUCUUUGAAGAGACUUGAGAUUUUUAAUGAUAACGAUGGCCAAGGGUUUAGAAGAUAUACAAUUAGUGUUCCUUCUUUGAUAUACUUGACACUCCAAGAGUACAAAGAUUUUGAGCUUUGUCUGAAUGCGCCAGAGCUGGUGGAGGCAUAUGUUUCUGGAGGUUCUUAUAUAAUCACCGAUAAGUUUCUUGGAUCACUAAAGUCAGCCAAACAUCUUUCUUUGGAUUUAUCACCCUUGCAGAUUGUGUACCCUACUGGUAGUAUCUUCAAUCAACUGGUAUGUCUAGAGAUGCAUACACGUAAAAAAGAGUGUUGGAAUCUACUUACAAUCAUGCUCGAUAGCUCGCCUAAACUACAAGUCCUCAGGCUCAUUGAUAAUAUGAAUAAAAAUGAUUUGGCCGGCGGGAAAUGGAAUGAGCCAAAGUAUGUCCCUGAAUGCUUGUUGUCUCACCUCGAGACAUUCGUGUGGGAAGAAUAUGCUUGGGAUAGACAAGAAGAGCAAGAAGUGGCUGCGUACAUUCUACGGAACGCAAAACAGUUGAAGAAGGCAACUAUCUCCACAAAUCCUAUCGCAGUGAACGACCUCAAGAAGUUGGAAGGGAGACGUAAGAUGCUAAAGGAGUUGGCUAGUGUGGUCAGGGCUUCCAAUUCUUGCCAAAUUGCUUUCGGAUACGAAUGUUAUAUGUAAACUCUUCAUAGAGGGAACCUGUUGGCUUAACCGGUUAUGGGGAUUUACAUGGGUUUUGGAUCUCGGGGAUGGUUCUA